AGGAGGAGGCCGGGGGUCACGUGGGAGGGGAGCCAAGAUGGCGGCCGGCGCGUUGACGGAGAGGAGUAGCAGGGAACUAUGGACCAUUCUGCUGGGAAGAUCAGCUUUGAGAGAGCCUGCUCAAAUUGCAGAAGAGCUGAAUAUUCACACCCAGCGGAUGGUUGAAGGGCUUGCCUAUUACAAGCCCCCCAGUGCAACUUCAGCAGAACAUGUAAAAGCUGAUAAAAGCCUGGCUGCUUCCUUGAAGGAAUUGGCUCUUAGAGUCAGCAAGUUUUUGGGCUUGAAUGAACAGCAGAGUGUGCGGCUGUUACAGUGUUACCUGCAAGAAGAUUUCCGAGGGACCAGAAAUUCCUACGAGAGCGUUCUGCAAGAUGAGAGGCAAAGCCAGGCUCUCAUUCUGAAGUUUGCUGACUACUAUUACGAGGAAAGGAUUUACAUUCUACGAUGUGUUCUUCAUCUUCUCACUUUUUUCCAGGAUGAGAGACACCCCUACAUGGCCCAGUUUUCACAGUGCGUGGAAAAAAUGGACAAGGAGCUGGUCCUUAACUACCGGAAACAAUUUGAAGAGCUCUACAAAAUGGAAGCGCCUACGUGGGAGACCCGUGGAAGCCUCAUGACAGAGCGGCAAGUCUCGCGCUGGUUUACGCAGUGCCUCCGCGAGCAGUCCUUACUGCUGGAAGUCAUUUUCCUCUACUAUGCCUAUUUCGAGAUGCCGCCCGAGGACCUGCUGGCGUUGGCCAAAAGGUUCAAAGAGCAGGGGUUCGGCUCUCGGCAGACCAACAGGCAUCUGGUGGACGAAAGCGUGGACCACCUCAUCGAUCGCAUCGGGUAUUUCAGUGCUCUGAUCCUAGUGGAAGGCAUGGAAAUUGAGACCCUCCAUGAGCGUGUGAUGAAUGACAGGAAAGAUGAGCAUAAAUUUGCGGGGAGUCUACAAAUCCGGCAGGAAAUGGACCGCCUGCUGCUGACUCUCGGGGACGUUUCCCACCACGCCCCCGUUCUCCUGGCCUGGGCUUUGCUCCGCCACACCUUGUCCUCCAAAGAGUCCACCGGCGUGAUCCGGCGCUUGGGAAGCACGGCCAUCCAGCUGAACGUUUUCAAGUAUUUGACCAAACUGCUCCGGUCCAUAAGCAGCGAGGGAAAUUGCAUCUCCAGCACGGCGUGCAUGUCUAUUUAUGGCCUGCUCUCCUUUGUCUUGACUUCCUUGGAGCUCCACACGCUGGGCAACCAGCAGGACAUCAUAGAUGCAGCGUGUGAAGUUCUGUCUAGUCCAACCAUUCCCGCGCUCUUCUGGAAGACGGAACCAACGGCAGGUCUGGGCAUUAUUCUGGACAGCGUGUGUGGCAUGUUCCCCCACCUCCUCUCUCCUCUCCUCCAGUUACUCACCGCCUUAGUUUCGGACAAAUCAACGGCCAAAAAGGUGUAUACCUUUUUGGACAAAAUGUCCUUCUACAUCGAGCUGUACAAGCACAAGCCGCCAGAUGUGAUCUCUCACGAAGACGGGACCCUGUGGCGGAGGCAGGCCCCGAAGCUGCUCUACCCCCUCGGGCUGGGCCAGACCAACCUGAGGAUCCCUCAGGGGACCGUGGGUCAAGUGAUGCUGGACGACCGGGCGUAUUUGGUCCGAUGGGACUACUCCUACAGCAGCUGGACCCUCUUCACCUGCGAGAUCGAAAUGCUGCUGCACGUCGUCUCCACGGCUGAUGUCAUCCAGCACUGCCAGAGGGUGAAGCCCAUCAUCGACUUGGUCCACAAGGUGAUCAGCACCGACGUCUCCAUCGCUGAUUACCUCCUGCCCAUCACGUCGCGGAUCUACAUGCUUUUACAGAGGUUAACGACUGUCAUUUCUCCCCCGGUGGACGUCAUCGCUUCCUGCGUCAACUGCUUGACGGUCAUGGCUUCCCGGAUGCCGGCCAAAGUCUGGACGGAUCUUCACCAUACAGGCUUCCUACCCUUUGUGGCUAAUCCCGUUUCCAGUCUCAGCCGGAUGAUCAGUGCAGAGGGAAUGAACGCUGGAGGCUACGGUCACCUGCUGAUGAACGUAGAGCAGCCGCAGGGCGAGUACAGCGUCACCGUCGCCUUCCUUAAUCUCGUCACGACCCUUAUCCGGGGGCAGCUGGGAAGUACCCAGAGCCAAGGGCUGGUUCCGUGUGUCGUUUUUGUCCUGAAGGAGAUGCUGCCGAAUUAUCACAAAUGGCGUUACAACUCCCACGGGAUGAGGGAACGGAUUGGGUGCCUUAUCUUACACCUUAUUCAUGCCAUCUUGAACCUGUGUCCUGAAAUGGAUCCCGGUACCAGCGCCCCCACCCUGCAGAGCCUGUGCAUCUUCAGCCUGGCCAACACGGAGGCCGGUCAAGCCGUCAUCAGCAUCAUGGGCAUUGGGGUGGACACCAUUGAUAUGGUGGUGGCCAUGCAGUCCAGUAGCGAUGCCCCCCAGAGCCAGAGCCAGCUGCUUAUCCAGACCGUCAAACUGGCCUUCUCGGUGACAAACAACGUCAUCCGGUUGAAGCCGCCAUCGAACAUCGUGUCCCCUUUGGAACAAGCCCUGACUCAGCAUGGCGCCCACCGGAACAACCUGAUUGCGGUCCUGGCCAAGUAUAUCUACCACCGCCAUGAUCCUGCCUUGCCCCGCCUUGCCAUCCAGCUCCUGAAGCGCCUGGCCACGGUCGCGCCCAUGUCGGUCUACGCCUGUCUCGGCAACGACGCCGCAGCCAUCCGCGACGCCUUCCUCACCCGCCUGAAGAGCAAAACCGAGGACAUGCGCAUCAAGGUUAUGAUCUUCGAGUUCCUCACGGUGGCCGUGGAGACGCAGCCUGGGCUCAUCGAGCUGUUUCUGAGUCUCGAAGUCAAAGACGGGAGCGAUGGGUCCAAGGAGUUCAGCAUCGGAGAAUGGAGCUGCCUUCACGUCGUCCUGGAGCUGAUAGACUUCCGGCAUCACGACCAGUACUGGUGCCCCCCCCUCCUGCAGAGAGCCACCGUGGCCUUCCUCCACGCCCUGUGGCAGGAUCGGCGAGACAGCGCCAUGCUCGUCCUCCGGACCAAGCCAAAGUUUUGGGAGAACUUGACCAACCCGCUCUUCGGGACUCUCCCUCCGCCCUGCGAAACGUCUGAACUCACUGCCUUGGACACGUGUGCCUUGAUCAUGAAAAUCGUCUGCCUGGAGAUUUACUGUGUGGUCCAAGGCUCCCUGGAUCAGUCCCUGAAGGAGAUGCUGAGGAAGUUCUCCGCCGAGAAGCGGUUCACGUACUGGUCGUCUUACGUGAAGUCCUUGGCCUUCCACGUGGCUGAGACAGAAGGGGUCAGUGGGGCCUCCAUCACCGAAUACCAGAUGAUGAUCUCCGCCUGGCGGAUGAUGCUGAUUGUCUCUGCCAGCCACGCGGACAUCAUGCAUCUUUCCGACUCGGGAGUCCAGCCGCUAUUCCUGGAUGUCUUGAGUGGGACGAAAGCUUUGCUGCUGGUUCCGACCUCCGUGUGCUGCUUACAGCUGGGUUCCAUGCUGUGCACCCUCGUCCUCAUCCUGCUCAGGCAGUGGAAGAGCAAACUGGCCUCGGUGGAUAAGAUCCUGCUUUCCUUGACCCAAAUCUUGGACGGGGUCCUCCAGGCCGACCCGCGGCUCAUGGAGAAAAGCAAGGCCAAAGCGUUUUCCGCCCUGAUCACCGUCCUGCAGAUGAAAGAGAUGAACGUGAGUGAGAUCCCCCAGUAUUCGGAACUGGUGCUGAGCGUGUGCGAGACGCUCCAAGAAGAAUUUGUGGCGCUCUUCGACCAGACCCGACACUGCCUGUCCUCGGGAGACUCCGCCGACGACAAAGACAGCAUGGAAACCGACGACGCCUCCCGACAUAAACAGAAGGACCAGCGAGACGGGAUGUGCGUCCUGGGGCUUCACCUGGCCAAAGAGCUUUGCGAAGUGGACGAGGACGGAGACCACUGGCUGCAGGUGACCCGAAGAAUCCCGGUCCUCCCCACGCUUUUCACCACCCUGGAGAUCAGCCUGCGAGGGAAGCAGAAUCUCCAUUUCACCGAAGCCUCUUUGCAUCUCCUCCUGACCUUGGCCCGGACCCAGCAGGGGGCAGCAGCCGUAGCGGGCGCUGGUGUCAUGGAGACCAUCUGUUUACCCCUCUUGAGCGUCUACCAGCUGAGCAGUAACGGAGCUGGCCAGGCGCCGGCUGCCUCUCGGAAAUCUCUGGAUGCCCCUUCCUGGCCUGGAGUCUAUCGCCUCUCCGUAUCGUUGAUGGAGCGCCUUCUGAAAACCCUCCGCUACAAUUUCCUUACGGACGCCUUGGACUUUGUGGGGGUCCAUCAAGAAAGGAUCCUCCAGUGCCUGAAUGCAGUCCGGACGGUGCAGAGUCUGGCCUGCCUCGAAGAAGCAGACCACACCGUAGGGUUUCUUCUCCAGCUUUCUAACUUCAUGAAAGAGUGGCAUUUUCACCUCCCGCAGCUCCUGAGAGACGUACAGGUGAACCUGUGUUACCUGUGUCAAGCCUGCACCUCGCUUCUCCACAGCCGUAAAAUGCUUCAGCAUUACUUGCAGGCCAAGAACGGCGAGUCUCUCCCGUCGGCCGUCCUGCCUCGGGUCCAGCGCCCUCCGCCGGCAUCCGCCAAGCCUCCGAGCCCAGAGACGGAAGUGGCGGAGCGGAAGGCCCUCCAGACGGUGCAGUACAGCCUCCUGAAAAUCCUCAGCAAGUCCCUGGCUGCCUUGCGCCACUUCACCCCGGACAUCUGCCAGAUCCUCCUCGAUCAGUCGUUGGACCUGGCUGAAUACAACAUCCUGUUCAUGCUGAGCUUUACGACCCCGGCCUUCGAUUCGGAGGUGGCCCCCUCCUUUGGGACGCUCCUGGGCACCGUCAACGUGACCCUCAACAUGCUCGGGGAGCUGGAUAAGAGGAAGGAGCCUUUAGCGGCAGGACUGGCCGCCCAGCAGGAGGAAAUGAAGAGUCUCAGGUCUCUGCUUAUGUUUACAAUGGAAAACUGCUUCUACCUGCUCAUCUCCCAGGCGGUUCGGUACCUCAAGGACCCGGCUGUUCACCCCCGAGACAAGCAGCGGAUGAAACAGGAGCUCAGCUCGGAGCUGAGUACGCUCCUGUCCAGCCUCUCCCGUUACUUCCGCCGUGGGGGCCCCUCUUCUCCGGCGGGUGGCAUCCUGCCCUCCCCCCAAGGGAAGUCUUCAUCGAAGUUGGGGCCCGAAGGCCAGGAGCCCCUCUUCCAGCUGGUCCAAGCCUUCGUCCGACACGUCCAGAGAUAAGUCAGGGGCCCACGCCUCCCAGCCGACCCGAAGCCAUCCUUUCUGCCCGCUUCGGAGGCUCACCUCUAAAGGAAGCCUCCGCCCUCAUCCCCAGGAGAACACACUGCCGGCGAAAGGGUGCCGAAGGGCCCAGACACCGUGCCUCGCGGAGACAAAAACUCGUUGUGUGUGUGUGUGUGUAUGUAUGUAAGUAAAUCUGGCUUGGCCGUAGUGAAGCGGUUUUUAUAGCUCUUGU